GACUCAACUCCGAGCUUCUUUUCACUUGUUCGACUGUUCUCUUCCUCUCCCUUUUGUCAAAAUGUAUAAACCACCACCCUCUCUCCUUUCACGCUCGCUUCCUGUCUACCAUCUAACGGCAUCCAACACAUCUUUAGGAAAGACUAUCUUUUCGACACUUCUCUGUCGACAACUUCUCGCCAAAAAGCAAACCCCAUAUUAUUUGAAGCCUGUUUCGACAGGACCAUUGAGUGAAGCUGAUGAUAUACAUAUUGAGAAAUUUGCAAAGGGGUCGAAAAUAGCAUGCCUAUUCAGAUAUGGGGAAGCUGUUAGUCCGCAUAUCGCGGCAAGGGGUGUGAAGCCUCCAAAUGAUCACGAGAUUGUCACAGCAAUCUCAGAUCAAGUUCAGAAAUGGACAAAAAGUAGUGAAAAGAAAGGAAAAGGAAUGGUCAUAGUAGAAGGUGCUGGUGGUGUACAUUCACCAACACCUUCUGGUACGAGUCAAGUAGAUGCAUUAAGACCUUUGAGAAUGCCAGUUUUUCUGGUCGGUGAUCCGAAAUUAGGCGGGAUCUCUGCAACGAUUAGUGCUUGGGAAAGUUUGCAUCUCCGAGGUUAUGACGUAGACUCCGUCUUGAUAUUCCAGGAAGAGAAGUACGGAAAUUAUGCAUAUCUAUCCAAAUACUUUCAAGAAAAGGGUGUAAACACAACAAUUAUCCCGCCUCCACCAGAACAAAUACCAAAUCUCCAGGAAGAUGAAGAAUCCAUGGCAUCUUACUACUCGAGCGUUGCUCAAUCCGGUGAGAUCGAAGCUUUACUGGAAGCUUCCAGUCAACGAAAUAUAGCACGAAUUGAAGAUUUGGAACAAAUGGCCACAAAAGCUCACGAAAAGAUAUGGUAUCCAUUCACUCAAAUGAAGCAUCUGUCAGCGAAAACAAUUCUCCCUAUAGAUUCCGCAUAUGGAGAUUACUUCCAAACUCUGUCAACCCAACACGAAUCCAGAGCUCAAGAGCCAGCCCGAGGAAAUCUCCUUACGCCCACAUUAGAUGGUUCAGGAUCCUGGUGGACCCAAGGUUUAGGCCACGGAAAUCCUGCUCUGUCCCUAGCCGCAGCCUAUGCAUCAGGUCGUUAUGGACACUGCAUCUUCGCAUCCACCAUCCAUGCACCCUCUCUCAAACUCGCUGGGCAUCUCCUCACUAAUCUCAAAAAUCCUCGUCUUUCUCGAGUUUUUUACUCUGACAACGGUAGCACCGGCAUGGAAGUUGCUGUUAAAAUGGCUCUGACUGCUGCUAGUAAGCAUUACAGUUGGGGAAACAAUCCCGAGACGAGUAGACAGGUUGGAAUCAUCGGGUUGAAAGGCAGUUACCAUGGAGAUACUAUUGGAGCUAUGGAUUUAAGUGAAGGAAGCGUAUAUAACGAAAAGGUGCAUUGGUACAAAGGAAGAGGGUUAUGGUUCGAUGUACCAAAAGCCUGGAUGAAAGAUGGGAAAUGGGUAGUUUAUGAUGGAUCCGGCCAGAACACUGAGGAGACAUAUGAUGAUUUGGGAAGUGUGUUCAGUUCGCAGAGAGAUAGUAGCAAGCUCAAGAAGAAGUAUGAACAAAUUAUUCUGGCCGAACUUCGAAAGGCAAAUGAACAGGGGAUGAGAUUUGGUGCUUUGGUUUUGGAGCCAAUUAUCCUUGGGGCAGGUGGUAUGCUAUUCUGCGACCCCCUUUUCCAACGCACCUUAACAAACGUCAUCCGCAACAUUCCUGAGCAACUACUCGGUGAAGCCAACCCUCCUCCUGAAGGUCAUGAGCCCUCCUCAACCCAAUGGAGCGGACUUCCCGUCAUCCACGACGAGGUAUUCACAGGUCUUUACCGUCUUGGACACUUUAGUCCAUCUACACUUCUACACACUCACCCAGAUAUCUCAGUUCACGCAAAAUUAUUAACCGGGGGUCUAUUACCCCUUUGCACAACCGUCGCUAGCGAGAGUAUCUACGAAGCAUUCCUCGGCGACGAAAAAAGCGAAGCACUUCUACACGGACAUAGUUACACCGGCCAUGCUGUUGGCUGCGAAGUCGCACGGGCAGGUCUGGAAACUAUGGAAAAAUUGGAUAGCGAUAAAACUGGCGCGUGGGAGGGAUUUAGAAAUGACUGGAAUCCAGAAGCAGGAAAACUCGUUUCUAAAUCUCCAACACGGGUGGAUGACGCAUAUGAAAAUAACCAGGUCUGGAGUAUAUGGAGUAAAUCGUUUGUCACCUCAAUCUCUCAUCUGGAGUCGGUAGAUGGAGUGAUUGCUUUGGGUAGUGUGUUAGCUAUCACUUUCAAGGAUGAGCAAGGAGGAGGCUACACGUCAAGAGUCACAGAAACAGUGAGAGAAAAUCUGUUAGAUGGCAAGGUUGCGGGAACAGAUGGAGGAUGGAAUAUUCAUGCGAGAAUACUCGGGAAUGUGGUGUAUCUCAUGGGAAGUCAAGUCAUGACAGCAGAGCAGGUUAAGAGCAUUCAAGAUAGAUUGGGGAGUAUUAUGGGGUUAUGAGUUGAUGAGGAGCAAGAUUAAAAAGGUAUAAUCUACCCGAGUUAGCGAUAAAAUCAACACUAUAAACUUCA